AGGCAGCCUUCGUGUCUUUGGCCUUGUUCAACAUCCUCUGGUUCCCCUGAACAUUCUCCCCAUGGUCAUCAGCAGCAUCAUGCAGGCAAGUGUCUCCCUCAAACGCCUGAGGAUCUUUCUCUCCCAUGAGGAACUGGAACCUGACAGCAUCGAGCGAUGGCCUGUCAAAGACGGCGGGGGCACGAACAGCAUCACCGUGAGGAAUGCCACAUUCACCUGGGCCAGGAGCGACCCUCCCACGCUGAAUGGCAUCACCCUCUCCAUCCCAGAAGGUGCCUUGGUGGCCGUGGUGGGCCAGGUGUGCUGCGGAAAGUCGUCCCUGCUCUCAGCCCUCUUGGCCGAGAUGGACAAAGUGGAGGGGCACGUGGCUAUCAAGGGCUCCGUGGCCUAUGUGCCACAGCAGGCCUGGAUUCAGAAUGAUUCUCUCUGAGAAAACAUCCUUUUUGGAUGUCAGCUGGAGGAACCGUAUUACAGGUCCGUGAUACAGGCCUGUGCCCUCCUCCCAGACCUGGAAAACCUGCCCAGCGGGGAUCGGACAGAGAUUGGCGAGAAGGGCGUGAACCUGUCUGGGGGCCAGAAGCAGCGCGUGAGCCUGGCCCGGGCCGUGUACUCCAAUGCUGACAUUUACCUCUUCGAUGAUCCCCUCUCACCAGUGGAUGCCCACGUGGGAAAACACAUCUUUGAAAAUGUGAUUGGCCCCAAGGGGAUGCUGAAGAACAAGGUGCCUGCUGGCAGGGCGGGGUUUGGUGUUGGGCCAUCUCACCCUUUGGUUAAGUCAGAACGUGUCUCCUUUAGGAGUCCUUUACUUUCUCUGGCUUUCUUUGUUUUUCACUGGACUUUAAAGAACACAUUUCUCAUGCUUCUCUUGGAAGCCUUCCUAAGACAGCCGUCUUGUACUUGUCUUUAUAGAGGUAAGUCCUCCGUGCAGAGUUAAAUUCAUUGCCUCUGCAUGGCCAAGGGAGGCCUCUCUUCCUGAUUAAGUCACAGGGCUGGCUUCUUAGCGGGGAAUCCCACCCCAAGACAUUGCCUGUGACCUAGCAGGCUGCAUUUUCUUACUUGCAGAGGUGUCUGUGGGUAGAGGGGUCGGAAAAUUGCCACAACACCUUAACAUGAUAGGAAAUAGUUCCUGUGUUCUCUUUAUAGGGUAGUUGUGGUAAUGGGUACACACUGGCUCUUUUUUUUUUCUCCCCCUGAUUUUAUUUUAUUUUAUUUUUUUGAGGUGGAGUUUCGCUAUUGUUGCCCAGGCUGGAGUGCAAUGGCAUGAUCUCGGCUCACUGCAACCUCCGCCUCCCGGGUUCAAGCAAUUCUCCUGCUUUGGCCUCCCAAAUAGCUGGGAUUACAGGUGCCCACCACCACACCUGGCUAACUUUUUGUAUUUUUAGUAGAGUCGAGGUUUCGCCAUGUUGGCCAGGCUGGUCUCGAACUCCUGACCUCAAGUGAUCUGCCCGCCUGGGUCUCCCGCAGUGCUGGGAUUACAGGUGUGAGCCACCACACCCGGCUGUUUCCCCUGAUUUUAAAACUAACAAACACAUCCCCAUGGGGGGAUAUAGAUUAAGAAAAACAUGAAAAAGAAAAAUGGAAGCAGUUACACACAUUCCACUGGUUAGAGGUUUUGUAUUUCUUUCAAGUCUUUUUGCUCUGUGUGUAAACUUUUUAAAUAGGGUUACCUUGUUACACGUAUAUAUACAGGAUACAUUAUGCUACAUGACCUCUUGUAAUCAUUCCCACACAUACCACUUAACUGUCUGUGUAAACAUAUUUUAAAAUAGUACAAAACAUUUUUGAAAAUGACUAAGUAAUACAUGCCCAUUGUAACAAAAUUGAAAAGUACAAGAAUAUGGAUAUAUUCUUAUAACAUAUGCGUGUAUGUGUGUGUGUGUGUGUGUGUGUGCAUGUAUAUAAAGUAAAUAAACCUGGGCACGGUGAGUAAUCCCAACACUUUUGGAGACCUAGACCAGUGGAUCACCUGAGGUCAGGAGUUCGAGACCAGCCUGGCCAACAUGGUGAAACCCCGUCUCUACUAAAAAUACAAAAAUCAGCCAGGUGUGGUGGUGCAUGGCUGUAAUCCCAGCUACUCGGGAAGCUGAGGCAGGAGAAUCUCUUGAACCUGGGACGUGGAGGUUGCAGUGAGCUGAGAUUGCGCCACUGCACUCUAGCCUGGGUAAGAGAGUGAGACUCUGUCUCAGAAAAUAUAUAUAAAUAAAGUAAAUAAAAUAGUCCCUCUUCAUCUUGCAUCCCUAAUCUUUAAUUCUUCUCUUAGAGAGCAAGGGUUAGCAAAUCUGGCCCCCUGCCUGCUUUUUGUAUGGCUCUUGAGCUAAGAAUGAUGUGUGUAUUUUCAAAUAGAAGAAAUCUAAACAGGAAGAAUAUUUUAUGACAUUUGAAAAUUGUAUUAAAUUUAGAUAUCAGUGUCCAUAAAUAAAACUUUAUUGGAACAUGGCCAAUGUAUUUUUUUUCUUUUUUCUUUUUUUUCUGGAGACAGGGUUUUCCUCUGUUGUCCAGGUUGGAGUGCAGUGCCCCCAUAGUCAUGGCAUGGUAGCCUCCAACUCCUCUUCCUGCCUUCUGAGUAGCUCCUGGGACUACAGGCAUGCGCCACCAUGCCUGGCUAAUUUAUUUAUUUAUUUUUUUUAUUUUGUGGAGACAGGUCUCACUAUGUUUCCCAGGCUGGUUUCAAACUCUCGGCCUGAUGGAAUCCUCCUGUUUUGGCCUCCCAAACUGCUGGGAUUACAGGUGUGAGCCACUGCACGUGUCCUGUUCUUUAAAGCAUCAUCUACAGCUACUUCAACUCGGCAGAGCUGAGUUGGUGCCAUGGCAACUGUAAGAUCCAUAAAGCUGAAAAGAUUGACCGUUAGUUGUUUAAGGAAACAUAUGCUGACUUCUAUUAAUAGUUUGAUGAAUGUCUUCCCAAACUUUCAGAUCUGCAGAUAAAAUGUAUGCAUGUGCAUAUACUAUAGUGGUUUUGGGAGUGGCUGACAGCGGGAGUUGUUUUAGAAGUUAAGCCAGGGCUGGGCGCGGUAGCUCAUGCCUGUAGUCCCAGCACUUUUGUAAGCCAAGGCGGAUGGAUCGCUUCAUUUCAGGAGUUCAAGAUGAGCCUGAGCAACAUGAUGAGACCCCUGUCUUGACAAAAAAUACAAAAAUUAUCCGGGCAUGGUGGCACGUAUCUGUAGUCCCAGCUACUUGGGAGGCUGAGGCAGGAGAAUCGUUUGAACCCAGGAAGCAUAGGUUGUGGUGAGCUGAGGUCGCACCACUGCACUCCAGCCUGGGUGACAGAGCGAGACCCUAUCUCAAAAAAAAAACCAAAAAGAAGAAGAAAAAAAUUAAGCCAUUGGGCCGGGUGCAGCAGCUCACACCUGUAAUCCUACAACUUUGGGAGGCCGAGAUGGGCAGAUUGCCUGAGCUCAGGAGUUUGAGACCAGCCUGGGCAACAUGGUGAAACCCCAUCUCUACUAAAAUACAAAAAAAAAAAAAAUCAGCCAGGUGUGGUGGCGGGCGCCUGUAAUCCCAGCUACUCAGGAGGCUGAGGCACGGGAAUUGCUUGAACCCAGGAGGCGGAGGUUGCAGUGAGCCGAGACGGUGCCACUGCACUCCAGCCUGGACAACAAAGUGAAACUCUGUCUCAAAAAAAAAAAGCCAUUGCGUACAAACUGUUUUGCUGUGGCACCAUCCUUUUAUUCCUUUACAUACUUGUAUGGUUCCCUCCCUACCUCUUGUCAUUCAGGUUUUUGUUAAAAAAUAACCUUCCCCAUCACCUUUGUUAAAAUUGUAAAACGCGCACACUUAGUACACCUGUUCCCCUUUUUGCUGCAUUUUUGCCAUUCAGCAAGCACUAUUCUACUAGUGUCCAUUUCUCCUGUGGCCCUGGAAUCUGGGGCAGGGGUCUUUGUUUCCUUCCCCUUCCCCAGCUUUUAGCUCAGCACCUGAGGCAUGGCAGGCCCUUUGCACAUGCAUGUAAAAGGGCCGUGUGCACAGAUUCAGCUGCUCCUGGAUGCUGUUAUCGCAGGUGCAUGUCCCACCUUCAGACCUGAGUUCUGCCCGCCAGGUGUUCGUCAGCUCAUUCCUCCUUUAGUCUUCACUCUGCCAAGCUAGGCAGUGUCACACGCGUGUACUGACGUGGCCGGGUGUCCCCUUUGCCCACAGACGCGGAUCUUGGUCACGCACAGCAUGAGCUACUUGCCGCAGGUGGACAUCAUCAUUGUCAUGAGUGGCGGCAAGAUCUCUGAGAUGGGCUCCUACCAGGAGCUGCUGGCCCGAGACGGCGCCUUCGCUGAGUCCCUGCAUACCUAUGCCAGCACAGAGCAGGAGCAGGACCCAGAGGAGAACGGUAGAGGCAGCCCCAGGGUUCCACCCGCUCGGGGUGUCUGGCACCUUGAAGGGCCACACUGGCCUCUUUGAGGUUGCCACCAGCCACUCGGGGAAGGCGGCUCAUCAGGGCAUGAGGGUGGGAGCUGGAUGGAGCCCCCCAAAGAAGCAACGUGGAAAACCACCUUAGUCCCUGCAGCGCUGAACUGGGAGAGAGUCUCGGUGCUUUAUGGCCAGGGGACAGGAGCACCAGGCUUCAGCUCAGCUGACCUCAGGGCAGGGUCUAGCACCUUCCUGGAACAUGACCUAGGACCUGAUGAGUUUCAGGGUCCUUAUGGCAAAAAUGGGAAGGAUGGUAAUUAAAGUCCUGGCUGUUGGGGCUGAGAGAAACUGAGGACAUACGUGAGACAAGAGAUGUGAGAGUUGUGAGGUGAAGCACGGAGUUAAGCUGGCAGGCUCAGGUUGGUGACGUCUGGGUUCAAUCCCCGGCCGCUCAUCUCCCCAGCUAUGUGACCUCAGGCCUGCCCUUCAGACCCAUCUGAGCUUCACUUCCCUCCCUCAUAAAGCAGUUCAGCAGGGCCAGACGUGGUGGUUCCCAACACUUGUUAUCCUAACACACAGAGAGGCUGAGGUGGGAGGAUCGCUCCAGCAAUCCCCGAUUCCCGGGGGGCCGCAUCAGGAAAAUUCACAUCCCACCCCGACAAAGCCCGGCCGCCCUUCCCGGCCCCCCCAGAGACCACUGUGGUCGUGAACUCCAGGGCUGGGCUCCUCCAGAGACCACUGCGGUUGUGAACUCCAGGGCUGGGGACCCCCAGAGACCACUGCGGUUGUGAACUCCAGGGCUGGCAUCCCCCGGAGACCACUGAGGUCGUGAACUCCAGGGCUGGGGACCCCCAGAGACCACUGCGGUGGUGAACUCCAGGGCUGCGGACCCCCGGAGACCACUGCGGUUGUGAACUCCAGGGCUGGGGUCCCCCAGAGACCACUGCGGUCGUGAACUCCAGGGCUGGGGUCCCCCAGAGACCACUGCAAUUGUGAACUCCAGGGCUGGGGUCCCCCAGAGACCACUGAGGUCGUGAACUCCAGGGCUGGGGUCCCCCGGAGACCACUGCGGUGGUGAACUAGGGAACACUGGCCCGGCACAAACCCCGGAAAAAUCCAGCAUCGGAACUGGGGUUCACGACCCUGCAGUUCUAGUCCAGCGAGGGCUGCGGGGGGUUCUGCCUGCAUGGGGCUAUGGUUGUUUCUCAGCAACAUAAGGGUGUCCGGGGCACUCACCCUGGAAGUGCUUGGCCGCUGCCUCCCGGAGCGAGAAGAAGAUGUCACACAUGACGGUCGGGCAGCUCACCCCAGACUCAGUGAUGGCGCAGAAGACGCGGUCCACGUACUGCCGUAGGUUCUCCUGCAACAGGACACGGCACUGGGACCCACUACCGAGGCUGCCUGCAGGUGCGUGUAGCACCAGGGCAUGCCCAGGGAGGGGCACGUGGGGAGGGGUUGAGGGUGGGUGCAGGGCAGCUGCGGCAGCGAGACACGUGUGAACAGCCACUCCCUGGAAAUCUGUGCUGGGAGCUGUGGCGAUUCACGUGUGAAGAUCACUACACGGGCACCACGUCGGCUCCCUGGCUCGGCCCCGACCUCGUUUACUGAGUGGGGAAUGGACACUCACCAGAAUGUGCCUGCCCAAGGCAAGAGCUCUGUCUUGUCAUUUACAUACAGAGAUGACCAAACAGCACGCUCUGCAGGAAGUAUCAUGUGAAGUGACUAAAAUGUUGGAGCAAGUUCAA